GGAUGAGAUUCCCGUCAACCUCAGAAGAGCACCCUAGCCGUACUGUAAGUUACCUAUUCACUUCAAUUCAAUACAGAUAUUUCCUAUUGUAAGUAACGUAUGUACUGUACAGUACAGCACCUCUACGGACCCUGUACCGUACCACCACUGCAAGGGAACCUUGGCAGGAACAUCCCGAUCCACUAACUCCACUCACGACUUCCUGUCUGGCUUGCUCAAUGCGGUACGAAACUGUUUCUGAGUCUUUGGGAAUUGGAAUGUCCAAUGGAAUGGGCAGCCUAUGUAGUGAGUAAGGCAAGCACGUUCCCGAAAGAUUUACUGUGGAUACUAGGUACCUACCCGACACAACCAGGCACGCGCUUGCGUGGUAAAUUAGGGGACGGCAUGACCGAAGAUCAUUGCCGGUUGGCGUAUCUCGUGUAUCGUGUCACCGACGCAGACCAUUGCGUGUUGUCUAACGCAAUGCAAGCGCGAUGCAAGAUUCAAGAUUCCAGAUCCGUAGGGACGUGGAGAGGGAGGUCGAUACUAUUAAAGGCAGAUGGAUGUCGCCAGCGUCAGAGCAAAACAGAUUCAGGACAAGAGAGGUCUGUUUGGCUCUUGAAAGUUUCAACCGCACGGCCGUCGGAACGCCUCCCGCCCCCGAUUUGGCCGUUCAAUAUCAUCACGCUUUCCUCGCAGCUCUGGCGCAUUCACAGCUGCAGUGGCCCUGUUCCCGUGCAGCAUGUAGUACUCGUCGGUUGCAUGCGCCAGCACCGGGUGCCGCACGACGCAGACACACACGUCCUGGGAAGAUAUGACUUUGUCGAUGUUGCUUUUCGGUGUCAUAGCAUAUCCGGUCAUUUUCGCCAAUCUGUGCUCAUGUUCUUCCUCGAAUGCGCUAACACUGGGGUCACUCGCGACACCAUCGCUUCCGAUGAGCAACACCAACCCACUGAGGUGUUACAAUGUGGAACCUAUUAUAUGCCAUGAAUUGCCUAUUCUCGCCCAGAAGGGAACGAACAGACUCAACGACCCGUCUUCCCACCCUCUAAGGAGGCACUGGCUGACCCCUUAGACACCGUCCCAGUCGACGAAAACUCCUUACCGACACCAUCGGCCGCCGAUGCGGGAACCCGAGUCUGGAGUCCCACAAGCCAGGAGAUCUGCACAGUCGAUACGACAAGCCUUUGCGAUUACUUCUUGGUGUGA